UUUUUUUUUUCUCCUCAUUUGCCUAUUUCCCUUUCACCAUUGGUCCAUCGUCUUGAUGACUCCGGAAGACGCCGUACUUCAUCUUAAACGCAAAGGCACCUUUGACGAACUUCGACGUCAUUUAUUGUCCGAAUUUCGAACCACUGCUACGGGUCAUCGACUGUUGGAAAAAGUAACGGAAUGCCUUGAAACGGCGUUGGCCAACGAAGCAUCCUUAUUUGACAAGGACAUUGCUGUAUCUCAUGAACUGUUGAUGCAACGUUUGGAAAGUGCCGACCUGUUUGUUGCGUUUCGAAAGGAAAUUUUGACGACGGUGCUGCAGGAAGAAUUUUAUCUUAAACGUGUAGAUGAUGAAUUGGAAGCGUUACUUUCGUCCGUGGACAGCAAUGGUUCGGCCUCUUGAUCUUCUUACUCAUCGCCUCUAUUUUUUUUUAUCCUGUUGUACGCAUCGCUCCUCUUCCUUUUUGUUUUGGCCCUCUUACGUUUCAACCUAAUAACUGCACCCUAUUUUUUCGUAUAGAAAUCACAAAAAAGAUAUCCCAGGCUGGUCCUGAUGUUCAAUUGCAUUCCACCCUAAUCCGGCAUUUUUUUCCUUCCUUCAUAAUACACGCUUUGUCCCCGAAAGCCACCUUUCUUGGUUCAUACAUUACAUGUGCUUGUUCUUUAUGAUUUUUUUUUUAAU